AGCAGAGGUUGAACCUUCCCACCAAUAUCAUGCUGCAUGUUGUUGCUGUGACAGAUGGCAGCAGAGGGUCAGUCUGAGAGAAUGGCGUCUGACGUGGAAGGGCACAUGGAGCAAAGGUCCAUUGGGCCUCGGCUUUUGUUGAGAAUGACAUUAGGAGCAGAAAUCACUAACCAGCUCAAGGCUUCUUCAUACAUAGCAUCAGGUCGAAACCUUUUGAGAUGGGACCUGUCACCAGAGCAAAUUAGAACAAGAACAGAAGAACUAAUCAGGAAGACAAAACAUGUAUAUGAUGUUGUUGGGAAGCUUAAUAUUGAAGAAGUGACACAUGAAAAUACUGUACGGGCUUUGGCAGAUAUAGAAGUGGAAUAUGCAGUGGAAAGAAGCAUGUUGGAUUUUCCCCAGCAUGUCUCACCUGACAAAGAGGUACGCUUAGCAAGUACAGAAGCUGACAAAAAGCUUUCCAAUUUUGAUGUGGAGAUGAGCAUGAGAGAAGAUGUGUUUCAGAAGAUUGUUUAUUUGCAGCAAACCUGCAAUCUUGAAAAUGUAAAGCCUGAAACAAAGCGGUAUCUAGAUAAAUCAGUUCAAGUGGGAAAAAGAAAUGGACUCCAUCUUCCUAAAGAAGUACAACAGGAAAUAAUGAAAAUGAAGAAAAAAUUAAGUGAGCUGUGUAUAGACUUCAACAAAAACCUGAAUGAAGAAAAUAUGUUUCUUGUAUUUUCCAAAGAAGAACUUGAAGGCCUGCCUGAUGACUUUAUAAAGAGUUUAGAGAAGACUGAGGAAGACAAAUAUAAAAUAACGUUAAAAUAUCCUCACUAUUUUCCUGUUAUGAAGAAGUGCUGCAUUUCAGAAACAAGGAGAAAAAUGGAAUCUGCCUUUAACACCAGAUGCAAAGAGGAGAACACCAAAAUUCUUCAGCAGUUGCUUCCACUAAGGGCAAAAGUAGCAGAGCUGCUUGGUUAUAAUACUCACGCCAACUUUGUUUUGGAGGUAAACACUGCAAAGAGCACAGAUAACGUAACAACCUUCUUAGAUGAUUUGAGUGAGAAGCUAAAGCCAUUGGUUGAGAAGGAAAGGGAAUUCAUUCUAGAUUUGAAGAAAAAGGAAUGUCAAGAGAGAAACUGUGAUUAUGAUGGAAGAAUCAAUGCAUGGGAUCUUCAUUAUUAUAUGAACAAAACAGAAGAGCUGAAGUACUCCAUAGAUCAAGAAAAGCUGAAGGAAUACUUCCCAAUUGAGGCUGUUACAGAAGGCUUAUUGAAUAUUUACCAAAAGCUGCUUGGACUUGCAUUUGAGAAAGUAGAAAGUGCUCAUGUUUGGCAUGACAGUGUUACUCUUUAUACAGUAAAGGACAAUUCAACAGGAGAAACAUUAGGGCAGUUCUACUUGGACCUUUAUCCUCGAGAGGGAAAGUAUGGGCAUGCAGCAUGCUUUGGUCUCCAGCCUGGCUGUCUUCUCUCUGAUGGCAGUAGAAUGAUGUCUGUAGCUGCUCUGGUAACCAAUUUCACAAAACCAGGAUCAGAUCGCCCAUCACUGCUGCGACAUGAUGAAGUAAAGACAUACUUCCAUGAGUUUGGUCACGUAAUGCAUCAGAUAUGUGCACAGACUGAUUUUGCCAGGUUUAGUGGUACUAAUGUGGAAACAGACUUCGUAGAGGUACCUUCACAAAUGUUUGAGAACUGGGUGUGGGAAAAAGAACCGCUACAGCAAAUGUCAAGACAUUACAAAGAUGAGAGCCAUGUUGCAGAUGCUCUCCUUGAGAAACUAGCUGCCUCUAGACUGGCAAAUACAGGGUUUUUAACCCUCCGCCAGAUUGUUUUGAGCAAGGUUGACCAGGCACUCCAUACAAAGCCAUCUGUUGACCCAGGAGAUGAAUAUGCCAAAUACUGUAUGGAGAUCCUAGGAAUUCCUGCAACCCCAGGAACGAACAUGCCAGCUACCUUUGGGCAUCUGGCAGGUGGUUACGACGGACAGUACUAUGGAUACCUCUGGAGCGAAGUUUUUUCCAUGGACAUCUUUUAUAGCUGCUUUAAGAAAGAAGGCAUAAUGAAUCCGAAGGCAGGGAUGAAAUACAGAAAUCUUAUUUUGAAACCUGGAGGAUCUUUGGAUGGGAUGGAUAUGCUUCAAAAUUUCUUGGAGCGUAAACCAAGCCAGAGAGCUUUCCUACUGAGUAAGGGACUGUGUGUUCAGUAAAACUAUGCUUCCUUUGUAGUGACAUAAAUGUAUGGAAUGAGCUGGAAAUGUCAGUGUGUUUCAUAUUUUAUCUGUGUAUCAUUUUAGACAAAUUGGGUUACUUUUUCAUGAUUUUUUAGAAAUAAAAAUGUAAUUUUUAAAUUGCACAGGACUACAGAAUGCAAACAUUAGGGGAAAAAAAUCUGAGAUGUGCAGAAGUUGAGAAAUUUGUGUGGUAACUUCUUUUUUGAAUUGUUAUAGUACUAAUCACUAUGGGGAUAUUAUGCCUUGUUUCUCUUUUAAUAGAUGCACUUAAACUGUAUUGUGAAUGAAUUUUAAAACUGGGGAUAAAAAGGGACAUUACCAGCAAUAAAAGAAACAUUCAUUUAUAUUCUGAUUUUUCUAUUGUAUCAAUGGCUCACAAAUGUUUUUGGUGGAGUGGAAGUGUUUGAUUUAAUCAUGUUUUCAUCAUCUAGCUUUCUGACAAAUUCCAAGAAAGAGAACAUGGACAAGACAGCUAUACAGCAUAGAUACCUAUAUGAUGCCUGUAUAUUUCAUUUUGAUGCAUGCUAAAUUCUUGUAUUAUUUAUAAC